AUGUGGAAUUUUCUCACAAAAGCAUUUAAUAAAUCAUCGUCAUCUAUUCAAGUUACUGUAUUAAAUAGCGCUACUAAUUUUUGUAUGACUGCAAUACUUGGAAAUGUCAUAUUUGGUGAAGCAUUGGCACUUCAAUGGUGGUUUGGUGCAGGAUUUAUAGUAUUUGGCACGGUUUUAGUGAAUAUGUCUAAUGCAGUUGUGGAAGAUUACGAUAAAGAAAAGAAAACAAAAAUUACUAGAGUUGGCGAUUGUAGAGGUAGCAAUAUCACAAGUGCUGGCGUUGGUGACACAGGAUCAUUAGAGUUGGCGAUGGUUGACAGGGUUACUAAAGUUGACGAAUGUCGUAGCAGAUUUGAUGGAAAACUUAACUUUCGUUAUAAUCUCCUUCAUUUUUUCAAAGGCAUAAUUUCUUCUUCUUUCAUUUCGUGA